CAAGCCACCAUGUUAGAUUUUUUUUUUUUCGGGGCGAAUACGGCUACCUCGCGCGACGCCGCGACCUCCUCAGUCCUAAUCCCGUUCCGGUGCCUCGCGCGACGGCGCGACCCUGCCCCCGCGCGAAGCGUCCCGGUCGGCCUUCGUCGAGCUCCAGGAGUACGGAUACGGGUACCGGGCUGCGAACACGUGCUCGGUACCGCUCUUCCGCCGCUUGCUCCUCCUCCGCCGCCGCAUCUGCCACCGAUCCUGCCCUCGAGGAGCUCUUCCGAGCGCUCCCAGCCGACGACGGUCAGUUCUCCCCUGUUUCUCCGACUUGACGUCACCGAAUCGGCCUAGAUAUCAUUGCAGUAUAUCUUACAAGGGACCAAGAUGGCUAAUUAUACUCAAAAUUAUUGGUGAUAAUUUUAUUCCUCGCGGUCUUAAGACUGGGAUGAGGCUGGAGUGGUGCCGGAUCGAAGUGCUAAUAAUGUCGGGUUCAAGUGUAGGGCUUUAUAGAGCAAAUGGGUUUUAAUUGGGUUUCUUACGGCCCAUUAAAUCCGUUGACAUGAAGCCCAAGCCUGUAUAAUUAAAUACCAUGAAGCUUCCACCUUCUUCUGUAUACGUUUCAUUUUACUGAAACGCCCCUAAAAAAUCAAUCGCUCGUUUAGCCGUCCACCACCGCUUUCCAUCCAUGGCGGCGACUUCCGCCGCCCUCUUCUCUCACCGAUCCCACCGUGUCCCCGACGAUACCGUAUUCUACGCCGUCUACCCCGAUCUUCAGGCUGCCCUACCCCUGCCCGAGGCCCUCUCUGCCCUCCGUGCGCUCCACCUCCACCUCCAGUCCCUCCUCUCCCCCCUCUUCAGUGACUACGUCUGGCAACACGAACCCUUCGCCCUCUCCCUCCCAUCUUCCCUCGACGCCCCAUGCGCCCUCUGCCGCUCUCCCCCCGUUCCCCACCUCCACGGCAAGCUCCGCUUCGGCGACGCCCUCGACGACGAAUGGCUCGUUGUCGCCCUCCUAUUCGCCGCUACCUCCGCCGUUCCCUCCCUCACCGCUCGCGUCUGGGACUCCGAUGGUGAGUUCCUCCUCAUCGAAGCCGCCUUUGCUCUUCCCCGCUGGCUCGAACCGGAUACGUCUGACAAUCGCGUUUUUAUCCGCGGUGGCAAGCUGCACAUCGUUCCAAAAGAGGUCUUCCUGGACGUACCAUCUCUCCUAGACGCUCUUGCAGCGGUCCGGAGUGAGGAGAUCGAUACCGGAGCCCCCUACGAGGUUCAAGCUGCGAUCUUUAGGAAGAUUUCUGGGUAUCCGGAGAAGGCUAGGGCCAAUAUGCACAGAGUCAGGGUUCGAGUUCCGCUGCCAGUAGCCCAGGUACUAAAGGAGGAGCCUUCCUUAAUCGCGCUGGCUGUAGAGGGGUUCUAUGACCGUGACGUAGAUUCCAUGAAGCACGCAGCCAAAAUGGAGAGGUUCUUGAGGAGUAACAAUGGGGAUAUUGAGAUGGUCAGGAUUUCCGUUCGGCUGUCAAGAGCCAUGUAUGGCCAAUUAGUGCAGCAGAAAUUCCAGGCACCAAGGGGCUAUACAAUGCCAUCAAGGGAAGAGGGACCUGCGGUUUUCAUGGAAGCUGAACUGGGAAUGAAGAUAGCAUGUGGGUUUGAAAUGAUGUAUCAGGAAAGGAGGCAGGCCAGUGAAGAAGGUAAGGGGAACACUUGGGAAGCUUUUGAGCAGAGUCUGGAGAGUAGUGGAUGUUUCAGUGGUCUUCUUCCUGGAUCUGAGGAAUACCGACGGAUAAUGGAUAGUGCAUUUGAGUACUAUAAGAACAGUUCUUUAUUUUCUCGCACAAGGGAGAUCAUGAAUGCUCCAGUUCAACGUAUAGAUGAAAUUCUCUCAAUGUCUUACUCAUUAGAUGAAUUCAUGGGUGUUGAACUUCCUCCAAACGAUGAUGAUUCCUGGAUGUAUGAUGGUGAAGAGGAGUUAAAUUCAGCUAUUCUGGAGAGACAGAAGGAAAUGGAAGUUUAUGAAUCUGAAAAGAAACAAAGGAAGCAGAAGAAAGGCAUGGAUAAUGCUUGUAGCUCAGUUGCUGAUGAUUUCAACCUUCAAGAUAUUUCUGAAACUAUGCAAUCAUUUGUCCAAAAACUUUCAAGCUUUGAAGGAGCAGAGGUUCCUGAGAUCAGGAACUCAAAGUCAGUUGAACUUGAUACUGAUGAAUUCAUGAAAGCUAUGCAAUCUAUGCUAGGUGAGGCUUCAUGCAAAGAUGUUGGAUCUGCUGCUAGACUUGAAGGACAUUCAUCAUCGUCGGAUAUGGAAUUUGAUGAUUCUGAAUAUGAUGACGACGAGGUUGAAGAACAAGAAGAUGAGAAUUCAGAGGACGGUUUCAUGCAAUUUUAUUCCGACGCGCUUAAUGAAGAACUUACUGCGACAACUCUAAGAAAAAGCUUUUUGCAUGCACGUAAACAGGCCAACAAUAUUAAUGCGGGACCUUCAAAUACCGCGACAUCAAAUAUUGCGAAUGAUAACCAUGAUGAGUUCACCCCUGUCGAUGUCGAUUUCAACCUUGUUAAGAGUUUUCUCGAUUCAUUUUCUUCUCAACAAGGUCUUCCAGGGCCAGCAUCUAACCUACUUGGACUCAUGGGUGUAAAAGUUCCUCCUCCUGACGCCAAGGAUACAUAGACAUAUCUGGUGCAAUCUGAAACGUUUCGACUUUGGUGAAUUGUGAAGUAGAUUAAUGUUUGCUCAAGAGAUUCAUUAAGGGCCUGCAAGCAAGUCAAGUUGAGCCUGAUGAUGUUUAAACUUUAUCAUUUAUCGUAUAGAACUUGUUUAUGCCUUUUUUUUUUUUUAUCGAAUUCAAGUUGAGCUUGAGCUUUUAUCGAGCUCAACUAGUGAUAGUUACCUUUAUAUUCUACUUUGCUUAUCAAAUUGUAUAUUCUUUACAUUAAACAAACAUUUUAAUAAAUAUUAACAGUCAAACAGAAUUUAAUGUUGGUUA